AUGUUGCUGGAAUACAACCUUCUAAUAAACGGAGUCACUUUACUGAUUUCACUAAGUGGUCUCAUUUGCGAAGCUCAGUCUCCUACAAAAGAUGACAUAAAUGCCGCCAUAUCGGAAUAUGGGAAACUUUAUGCAGUAAAUAUUCAGAUUCGUUAUAAACUUCUCAUUAUGGCAUUGAAAUCGGAUAUAAAUCUCACACUGGAAGAAAGUUAUACCUCUGCUGGAGCAGCUUGGAAACUGGAAAAUGAAGACACAUUCAGAAUGAAUAUGGAUUCUUAUAUGGAUGUGAACAAAACCAUUGUACCAAACAUCUGUAUGACUAUGUUGCAGCAAAAAGGUGAUAGAAACUGGGAUGACAAUAUUCAAAAAAAAAUAGAAUAUGUUCAAUGGUUGGCUGGUUCAGAUAAAAACAGUCAAUCACGAUACAUUACAGACAGGGGUAGGUUUGUUUUUGAAAAGUAAUGAGUUGGUGAAUUUGGUCUUUACUCAAAUAUAACUUACCGACUGAUAUCAGUUUGAGCCGUACCGCACUCCAGAUAAGAUGAAAAACAAUACUUGCCUAAAUCAGUUACUUGUGUAUCUGUAAACAUUUUAACAGAGUUAACUGAUGGCUAAUUCAGUGGGUAUUGGAAGUUACAUUAGAAAAACACCAUUUAUGGAAGUUAUGGAAAGCAAGGUUGUACGGCACUACUUAUCCAAUUAGUAGGUAAACAUUUUGAUGUUUCUAAUCGACGAAAGACAUAUAGACGUUUGUUAAACGUAGAGCACUUACCAAAGAAUCAAUUGCAAGUGCAUGCACAGUCUUAUUUAUCUCCGAAAUCAAUUUUGUUACCAAAACACAUGCUCAUUGACCGUGCUAUUGGAAACAGCGUUUUCGUAGUGUAGUACUGUGUAGAAACGUUCACAUUUCUUACGAUAUUUUGUUGAAUAAGGCGGACUUCGCAUGUUCUCACUUAAUUCCACCUAAAAUUCUGAAUUGCAUAGAAGUGGAAACGACCAAACAGUUUUCGAUUUCAAAUCUUCCCAAUAUCACUCAACAAUUUCAUCAAUAGUGAAAUCCACUGUUUUAAACUCUCGUGUAUUUAAUUGCGAUAUUCAAAACAGGUUUUGAUUACUAUUUGAAAGAAAAAGCACUCCAAUGUUCUGAGGAUGUGAUGAAGAUACACCGAGGCAAGUGUAGCAGGAAUUUUAUUGAGAGUUAACAAAUAAGUGUUGCUUACAUACCUUGGUUCUUAUUUGACGGUGACACAUGUUACAUUGACUGAAAUCUUAUGGUUACUCUAAUCUCAUUACAAUUUCAACCAGACAUUCACCGAUAUAAAAUGACUGUGGCAAUUUCGUUUUCCAUUGUUCAUAGCUAAAGCCGAGGUAAACUGUAUAUCAACGACAAGAGAAUAUUUUGAGUUACAGCGAGUAAAAGGUAAGUUGACAAGCAAGUCCUCCAUAUGCGUAAUACGUAAAAAGAAUAAUGUCAACCUGAGGCGCCAUUCACUAUCAAUCAUUGGAAUACAGUGCUACCAGACGCUCAAUAUUCUAAAAGUAAUCAUGACAGAGGGAACGGGAACGUCUCUAGACAUCGAAUCAAGCGAUGAGAAGAAACAAAAUGGAAGCAACAGAUUUCCAAAUUAUCUGUUAUUUAUCGUAGUUGUAUAGAGUGUGAUUUUAUCCAUUUCAUAUACCAAUGUAUCUCAUAAGCAGUUUAUGUCUGUCAGUUACAUUUAUAUGUGUUGUAUUUCUGCUUGGUGUCUCUACUUCUCCUUGUCACGGAUAACCCAUUCUUUACAGAUACCCCGAACUCAAAAACCCAAGCUAAUCAAUUUGACAAAAUUAACAAAAAUUUCAACAGUUCACUAGGUAAGACCAAUGAUUAAUUCCUUUAAACUAAAUAUAAUCACGUGCGCAUCUGAAAGUGAAGUAAGAGCUUGUCGUUCCACUGUACUGAAAUCAUGGCAACAUUUAUACUGAACUGUAUCUAAACCUUACGAUACCAUCUUAGUUUCCAUCAAGGAACAGAGAAUCAAACAAAACUCGUGACCUACUUUCCAGGCGUUCUUCUACUCAUGGUGUAUCGCCAUAACUACUGAAGUUAGUGUGACUGCAGUAAUGCUUUCUAUCUUUCCAAACAAGUCUCAAACAUUGAUAUGCCACAUGGAAACAAACGUGUUCACAUAGUUAUUUUCAAUGAGUUUGCUCAGACAAUUAAAUCCCUGGUAUUGCCAUAUUAUGCGUGAUAAAUAGAUUGUUUCAUCAAAUUGGUGAACAAAGCUUCCAGUUUUCAGCUACGUUUUUACACCAUUAACUCACUAAGUAUAUUAGGAACUUACUGAUACCACAUUUGUUACAAAUUCGCUUCAUUUUGAUUAACAUUUGUGCGUUGGAUAUUUAUUAUUCUGGAAUACCACUUCAAUUUAAUUCACAGGCGAGUUGAAGAGUAAAGUGGAAGGCCUCGAAAUAAAUAGGAUUAAUUAUUUGAGAUAUAAAAAUCCCAUGGAAAGGGUCACCGCAGUCUUAAAGGCAAUGGAAGAAGAGGUGGAUCACGAGUAUGGAUUCUACAUGUAACUCAAAGAAUAGAACGGAAGACACUGUCGUUUCAUUUAAUGACAUUUAUUUUGCUGUAGUAGUAGUACUUUAAAAUUAUUUCAUUAAAUACAAGUUCACCACUA